UGGGGCACCGAGCGCGCGGGGUUGGGGGGGUCCUGGUCUUUGGCUUCUCGACUCGGUCCUGUUUCGACAGCGAACAUGUCUCGGCCUGUCAGAAAUAGGAAGGUCGUUGAUUAUUCACAGUUUCAGGAAUCUGAUGAUGCUGAUGAAGAUUAUGGAAGAGAUUCAGGCCCUCCAGCUAAGAAAAUUCGGUCAUCUCCCCGAGAAGCUAAAAAUAAGAGGCGAUCUGGAAAGAAUUCACAGGAGGAUAGUGAGGACUCCGAAGAAAAAGAUGUGAAAACCAAGAAGGACGAUUCUCACUCAGCAGAGGACAGCGAAGAUGAAAAAGAAGAUCAUAAAAAUGUACGUCAGCAACGGCAGGCAGCCUCUAAAGCAGCUUCCAAGCAGAGAGAAAUGCUCAUGGAAGAUGUAGGCAGCGAAGAAGAACAAGAGGAAGAGGACGAGACGCCAUUCCAGGAGAAAGAUUCCGGCAGUGAUGAAGAUUUCCUAAUGGAAGAUGAUGAUGAUAGUGACUAUGGCAGUUCAAAAAAGAAAAACAAAAAGAUGGUCAAGAAGUCCAAACCUGAGAGAAAAGAAAAGAAAAUGCCCAAACCCCGGCUAAAGGCCACAGUGACGCCAAGCCCUGUGAAAGGCAAAGGGAAGGUGGGGCGCCCCACAGCUUCAAAGGCAUCAAAGGAAAAGACUCCUUCUCCCAGAGAAGAAGAUGAGGAACCAGAGAGCCCUCCAGAGAAGAAGCCCUCGGCAAGCCCUCCACCUGAGAAAUCAGGGGACGAAGGGUCCGAAGAUGAAGCCCAGUCUGGGGAGGAUUUAAAAAGUGAUGAUGGUUUGGGGAGAGAUUUUAUUAAAAAAAAAAGAGAAAAAAAAAAGAAAAAAGAAAAAAGGGGGAAAAAAAAGAAAACCUACUUAAGAUAGAACAUGGUUUUGGCUAUGGCUUGACUCAUGGGCUUUCAGUGCUUUUUUCCUUUUCUUGAAAAUAACAUUCUCUCUCUCUUUUUUUAAGAAAACCAUUAUAAGUUUAA